UCACGCGAGUAUACUACUCUACGGCCCCGGUAACCGUGAACCCUACCUCCGGAUACUCACGUUAAUGAUUCCGUCAUUUUUCACAUCGGAGGGGGUAAAGUUGUACGUGACCCGUGCAACACGGAAACCCGACAUCGGAAUCCUCUGGAUCUUAACUCGCUUUUAAUACCUUACACGAGAUUGGAGGAUCAUCUACUGUGGUUUUUAGUUCCACUUUUUAUAUAUUUUAUUUAGCUGACUUUUUUUUAUAACGGAUAUACAUGCUGAGGAUUGUCAAAAUUGUUUUGCGUUUAUUUUAAAGAACUUAAAAGUGUCAGUCACUUUUAUCUUGUCUAGUUUCGGUUUUGUUUCCACAUUUUGUCUACUGAUAGUGAUCUUGGAACAUAAAGAUAUGGAAUAAUGUUAUGCGUCGGAUCUAACGCCUGACUGACAUUGGAUUAGUGCUCCUCGAAGUCGGAUCGGUAAACGAACCAAAGUGCUAUAGGGAAUAAUGUGUAUAUCGAAGUGCAAUUCAAAGGAACAUAAGGGAUAUAUGUUAUCUUUAAAGAUGGAAAUUAAUAUUUAAGCAAGAGAAAAAAUAGUCUAAAAUUUCCUGAACAACAAGUGUUUGUGUAUACCAUUUUUGGAUUUCUGAUUUCUUCGCGACGAUGCUGAUUUUUGCAAUUGUGUUUGCUGCUCUUUACGAUUGCAUCCCCCUGUCGGCGGGGACGGGCGUCGAGUCGGAAACCCAACCCUCGGUCGCCGCGGCUCUUGUAUACCCACAACAAGCCCUUUUAGGGGAUAUCGUGUCCCCGAAAUGUUGGAAUUUCACCAAUGGCGACCGUCGACGUGCGGAGUUCUACAGCCCAAACUAUCCCGAGGAGUAUCCGAAUGACAUUGAGUGCGUCCAGUACCUCGAAGCUCAGCCCGGUUACCACAUUCACGUGGAUUUCCGAGGAAGUUUCGACGUGGAGAAGUCGGAAAAGUGCAAAUACGAUUUCCUAGAAUUCCGAGACGGUCCUUUCUCCUACUCCCCGCUCAUUGGGAAAUACUGUGGCAAGGACUUUCCUCCCCUGAUUCGCUCUACCACUCGGUUUAUAUGGAUACGAUUCAAAAGUGACAAAAACCUUGGUGAUAAAGGUUUCAAGGCUAUCUACUCCUUUGUAAAGAAACAAGAUUAUAAUCCAAAAGAAGAAGACGCAAAUGUGUGCCGGAAGUUAGUCAACACCAUUGACCCGGAUGGAAUAUUGUCGUCAUCGGAGUUCUCCCAUCAUUAUGACGACAUGGACAUCGGUGGUAGUCAGAGAGACUGCACGUGGGAGAUCCACACACAGCCCGGGAGUAAGAUCCGCCUGUCUCAUGUCUCGGCCUGGUUCCCCAGACCCCAGGACUGUGGCGCCAACUACGUCGAGAUCUACGACAAGUCGACGGCUUCGAAGGACCGGGUAUUCCAUUACUGCAAUGGGCCGCUUCCGGAGUUCGAGUCAGUUAGCAGCCGGGUAUUUAUUCGACUCUUUGGCAACCAACCUGAAUCGUUUCCCAGGGUAGAAGUACAAUAUUCGGUGUACCAGAAGGUCAACGCCGGAUAUUCAUCUAGUGCAGGUGACGAGUGUAACAGCCCUGGAGAGUUUUUCUGCGACAAGUGGUGUAUCAGUAGCCAGCUGGUCUGUAAUGGCCGAAGUAAUUGUCCGCACGGCGAGGACGAGCGGAACUGCAAACAGGAAGUCGUUGAGGAGGUGACAGAGAUACCUCUACACAUGAUCAUCCUAGGGGCUGUAGUGGGCGUCAUAGGUACAGGAGUCCUCAUUGGGACGUGCCUCACGUGUCGUGCCAAACGCAAGCAGAAGCGAAAGGACAAGGAGGCUCAGUUACAACAAGCCAAGCUCAAGGAAACAAACAUGGAAAUGACCAGCAAUAGCUCCAGUACCACCCUGUCCAGUAAAAAGGGAGGCAGUUAUCCCCCGCCCUACUACUCCCUCCCACGACCCCACGUCAAGACGCAAGGCAUCGUCCGUGAAUACACACACAGGAACAGCUUGACCAACUCCCUACAGUCGCCUUCCGAGGGGGAGUACCCGGACCAGAACUCCGACCCCGGAAAUUACAAAAAGUAUAUGGUUAUGGACCAGUAUAUGGAGGAGGACUCGAGCCCGUCUCCCUCUGUGUAUAACCAGGGCCCGCCUGUACUCACCACUAUCGUAGAGCGACACGAUAUCCCUCCACACACUCCCGACAUCGAUCCCACUUACGGCUGGGGCGGAUAUGGGUGGCGACAACCACGUACUAUGGGCGAACCUCGAUCGCCCAUGUCCCCGCCGACGCUCAGCGAAAAUAUAGCUAAAUUAAAACAAUAUACGAUUCCUAAAAACCACCCUGGGUACCAACCAGAAAACAAAAUAUACAACCCAGAAACCAGGUAUGAGAUUUAUCCGGAAACCAAAUUUCAAAUUGGGAAGGAAUUUAAAAUGAAAUAUGGCAUGAUGCCGGACACAGAAAUGAUGUUAGAACAACAAAAGUUAGGGAAGGAAUUAGCGACGAAGUACGGAACGCAACAGGAUGACUUGGCCAUGGAACAACAAAAAAUGAAACAGUUUAAAAUGCGAAGCCAACACCCGGAUAUAACACGUGAUAUCGAGGUGACGUGAGGCUUGUGAUUACAUUCAACAUGUAAUGAGUUGAAAAUGAAGUAUUCAAAAGCGGCAUGUGCUUACAUGGAAGGAUCUUUUGACAGGUACAACCUUCUUACUGCAAGUAAAUAAAGGUCUGAUGGCUAGAACCACAGGCCCAUUGUCGGACUAGGAUGUCCAACGAUAAGCGCGAAAUAGGAUGUGAAACAUGUGGACGAAACAACUCAUAGGUUUGUGUUGUUCAAUAUCGUUUACUUGGAGAAUGAGUUUCAACACAGAACCAUAUAAUGGGUUAUGGCGAUGACAAACCUCUCGAAAGUGUUUUGAUUCUUGAACGUGUGUUUGAUUUAGAUUAAAAUAUCAAAAAUGUAUGCAAACGAAAGAAUGCAUUAUUCAAAAGGUUAUUUAACUACCUUUAUGACAAAUAUUUUCGAACUCAUGAGAUCGACAAACACUUAAGAAAGGAGGAAUUAACACACAGGUAUUCUCUGAGACACAAAGAUAAACAUAGAUGUUUACAAAAAUGCAUAGGCGCAAUCGUGAUCACCCACCAAUGAUCACAAUGUGAUAUCCACACGAUAGUCACAUGGUGAUGGCCACAACAUGCCUUACAGGCGAAGUCCAUCUAAAGUUUCACAAGGUGAUGACCACACAAUGAUUACUAGGUGACUGACCAAGUGGUACAUCACGUGACCAUAUUACCGUGAAGACACCUAUCUAUACAACACUAGUAUGGUGUACAGUAGUAGACACAAUGUUGGAGAAGUUGCAGUGCAAUUGUGUAAGGUUGCGAUUUCGUUAUGAAUUGAAGAGUGCUUCAGUGAGUGGACCAGAACCGAGGUAUUGACUGUACAAUUAAAACUUACAUCUAGUGAACGGUCGACUGGUUAUAACCUUACAUAUUGUGUACGGUCGACUGGUUAUAACCUAACAUCUAGUUUACGGUCGACUUGUUAAAACCUUACAUCUAGUGUACGGUCGACUUGUUAAAACCUUACAUCUAGUGUACGGUGGACUGGUUAUAUAUAACCUUACAUAUUGUAUACGGUCGACUGGUUAAAACCUUACAUCUAGUGUACGGUCGACUUGUUAAAACCUUAUAUCUAGUGUACGCUGGACUGGUUAUAUAUAACCUUACAUCUAGUGUAAG